AUGUUCCCCAGCAAGGUUACCACUGAGCAGCAGUCGCUGGUCCUCGUGAAACGGCUCUUGGCUGUGGCCAUUUCCUGCAUCACGUACCUCCGUGGCCUCUUCCCCGAGCACGCCUACGGCACCCGCUACCUGCAGGAUCUUUGUGUCAAGAUUCUAAGGGAGGACGACAGCUGCCCCGGAUCCACCCAGAUUGUGAAAUGGGUGAUGGGAUGCUACGACGCUCUCCAGAAGAAAUAUCUCCGGAUGCUGAUUUUAGCCAUCUACACAAAUGAGGAAGACCCUCAGACGAUCACAGAAUGUUACCAGUUUAAGUUCAAGUACCUGGCGAGUGGGCCCACCAUGGACUUUGCAAGCAACAACAAGAAACUCAGCAGCACUGUGAGCUGUUCGGACGCGAAGAAAGCCAGCAUCUUGCUGAUUCGCAAGCUCUACGUCCUGAUGCAGAGCCUGAGACCCCUCCCCAACGAUAUCUGCCUGAAAAUGAAGCUGUCCUACUAUGAUGAAGUGACUCCGCCAGACUACCAGCCUCCUGGCUUUAAGGAGGGCACCCUGGAUAACAUGAUGUUCGAGGGGGAGCCCGUCUUCCUGAGCGUGGGCGAGGUGGCCACCCCCUUCCACAUCCUGCGGGUGAAGGUCACCACGGACAGCGAUCGCAUGGGGCAGCUAGACCGGGAGCCGCGGGAGGAGGAGGAGGAGGACGGCCCCACUGCCCGGACUGUGGAAUCCGAUCCAAACGAGCAAGUGGAAAUUAAUGUGAGAGGCCGUCCGGCUCUGUCGUUACCUUCCCCUCAGGGGGUGGGAGGUCUCCAGGAGCUGGGGUUUCAGUCAGAUACCUCAGCUUACAUCCCGAAUUUGGGAGUCUGUGCCAUGUCUGGUAUCGAAGGUCCCAGACAUGACGAGUGGAGACCAGGACAGCGCAGGGACCCUCCGGCCCACGGUGUUGAUUGUUUGCCAGCGGAAAGCCCCACCACCUCCCAGCUGAUUGUUCCCGUGAACGAUAACGCCGAAGCGCAAAACACAGAGGCGAGGGCAUUGCCCGAGGCUGAGGAGACGGUGGACAAGCCAAGCCCCGGGAAUACCAGCCCUGCUUCGGCGAUGGAAAAUUUGGUGAACCAGACCUCGGAUAUGAAACUAUCGGGGAGGCGAACCCGGAGCGGGAGGCUGUUCGAAAUCAAGUCGGAGAGUGCGGCCCCGGUGGGUAGUGAAGACAAGAACCGGUGCAAGAGCUCCCAGAGAAAGGCAGCUGGCAAGAAGAGAAACUGCUCAGAACCCGAUAAACCCGUUUUCCAGUUCGAGGUUCCUUGCAGCCAGGACGAAGUCUUCACCCGGAAACGCAAGAAGUUCAGCGAGCCAAAGGAGCGAUUCCGUUGA